AUGGCCCUUACAACUCAAACAUCAGGCGCCCCUAACUGGGGACGUUGGUCUCAACAACUACCUGGAGACUAUACCAUGAUGGAAUCACCAUCCAUGCUUCCAUUCGACUCUCGAACCAACACGACUUCUUCCAUUCAACGACCUGUCAUGUCACCUUAUAUGGUUCAAGGCUCCUACAGCUCUGGCCAAGUGAACAGCAUACCGGCGCCUCACUACCAGGUCUCCAACCCUUACCAGUUUUCGGCUUAUCAAGGCCCACCAACACCUCCUCAUCACUCUUCGCCCUUCAAAGUGGAAUACAAUGACCGUCCUCUCGGACAUGAGAACGAUCACGGCCGAAUCUCCUCAUACCUUCGGGACCCAAGAUACACAUACGUCGAGCAAGCACCCUCCCCUGCACGAAGCGAUUCACAGGCCUCUACAGCCCGUUCUACCGGCACCAACCCAACACUCGCUUCCAAGACUAUCAUCUCAAACAGAACCCUGAAUGGUGGCGACCAAAUCAACUUUGAGACUGAGGUGGAUGAGUUGAUGAAGGCUAUUCAGCGCAAGGCAGAGAUGCAACCUGACGCUGGACACCAGCCACUCACUCCUGGGAUGUCUCCUGUUUCCGAUGCAAGCCUGGAAAGCCAUGGAACUCCUACUCCUAUGGACAACAAGACGCAAAGGAAGCGAUAUCAUUGUAAUGGCCCUAACUGCCAGAAGAGCUUCACCCAGAAGACUCACCUCGACAUCCACCGCAGAACACACAGUGGUGAGAAGCCAUAUUCCUGUGACUUCAAAGGCUGCGAACUCACCUUUUCGCAAUUGGGUAACCUUAAGACUCAUCGGCGUCGCCACACCGGCGAACGCCCGUUCUCUUGUGACAAGUGUGACCGCCAGUUUGCUCAACGAGGAAACCUUCGUGCCCACUUGCAGACUCACCAAGGAUUGAAACCCUACGUCUGCAUCCUAGAUGCCUGCAAAAAGACAUUCUCUCAGCUCGGUAACAUGAAGACUCACCAGAACAACUUCCACAAGAAGACCCUCAAGAAUCUCACCGUGAGAUUCGCUCAGAUCCUCAACUCAGGCGAAGAAGUGCCUGAAGUCGACCGCGAGCUGUUUGAAUACUUCGCUACACACUACAAGAACAGCAACAAGGGUAUCAAAGGCCGAGGAAAGGCCCGCACGGUUGCUGAGCGCAAGCCCAAGCUCUCUCACUCGCCUGUUGCAAACCCAAUUACAAGCGUCCCUCAAUACCCUCUUCCUCAAAUCGCCUCAAGUCACCAAACACCUUCCCCUCACCAGCCACAUGGCCUCCCUGUCUCAGGCAGCCUUGCAGCGUACAGCAUGAGCCGCGUCCAGCACAAUGCCAUCAACCACAUGCCUCGUGAAUCUCACACGAAUGGCUAUGAGGUGUACGACAUGCAAGGAGGACAUCACCACAUCCAGCCACCUCACAACACUGGCAUGAUGUACGAGACCAGCCAUGUGCGCGAGAUGAACUACAACGAGCGUAUGUACUGA